AUGGCCACCACAACAAAGGUGGUAAUGGUGGCAGUAGCGGCGAAAGCAAAGGAAGAAGGCGAGGAUGCAAUGGAGAAUGGAAGAGGUAGCAGCAGCAGUGGCUGUUCGCUGCUCAGUAGGUUCCUAAUGAACAGUGGGUUGAGUUUGAAACCUAUCAGCUGCAAGGUGAGGCUCAACAUUGGUGGCAGGGGAGCUCCUAAGGACUUUACUGAGUGGAAAUGCAUUAAGUAUAAAGGAGGCCUUCGAAAUGACAUUCAGAGCUUUGUAGCACCUAUGAAGAUUCAGGUGUUUUCUGAGCUUGUGAAUAAGAGCAGGGUGGCUGAAGAAUGUCCUAGACACUUGGCUAAUAGUUUCCCAGAGAAGAAGAGGUAUGAGACUGGCAGAGUGCAGCAGCCAGGGAGAGUAUACACUACUUCUGCAGUAGGCGCUGAGGGGUCAGAGACAUUGAUCAGAAAUAACUGUGAGAUGGCCGGUAAAACUUUAAAUGCCUUGUUUGAUUCUAGAGCUACACAUUCAUUUAUUGCCUUUGAGAAGGCUGAUGAGUUAGGAUUGAAAAUAGUAAUCCUGGGGUGUGCUUUAAAGGUGUAUAAUGCUACCCACGAGGCUAUGACUGGCCUUGAUCUCAUUCUGGGAUUGGACUGGUUAUCCAAGAACCAUGUUCUAUUCGAUUAUUUUGCAAAAACGAUGUGUUUUAUGCCAGAGGAUAUAAAAGGGCCGGUUGUGGUGAAUAACUACUACCUGAAUAUCAUGAUAGUGAAUUGUUCUAGGGUCAAAUGUCAGGAAAUAUUGUUGUUAGUUGCGGGUGUUUCGGGUGAUGAUCGAAUCUUGGAGCAAAUUCUGAUUGGAGCCAGUGUGUUCUCUAAGAUUGAUCUACAAUCCGGUUACCAUCAGAUAAGGAUCGGAGACAAGGAUAUUCCCAAAACUGCCUUUAGGACGCGCUGUGGUCACUAUGAAUACACAGUAAUGUCCUUCAGAUUAACUAAUGCUCCGUCAAUAUUCAUAGAUUACAUGAAUAGGAUUUUCCAUCCAUAUCUGGAUAAGUUUGUUAUUGUGUUUUUCGAUGACAUUCUUAUCUACUCUAAGAUAGAGGAUGAGCAUGCAGAGCACUUACGGACGGUACUGCAAAUCUUAAAGGAUAGGAAGUUGUAUGCUAAGCUAUCCAAGUGUGAGUUUUGGAAGUCUGAAGUGAAAUUUCUUGGCCACGUGGUGAGCAAGCAAGGAAUAGCAGUAGAUCUUGCUAAGGUUGAGGCAGUGAUGAAUUGGGAGUGA